GAUUGUCAUUACCAAAACAAGGCAUGCACGACAUCCACCAGUUACCCGAGGGAAGAGCCCACAACGACACUCACUGAUACGUCCAUCUGUGCAGCUCGUGCUGCUAUAGCGUCGACGUGGUACCAAUGGCCUUGGCUACUCGGCGCCUUUACCCUAUGCCCGCGUCCCUCCAACAGUCCGGCUUCCAAGGCCAGGGACGAUUGCUCCAUCGACAGCAAUGACCUCAAGCACAGCUGCCAUGGUGCACCCCAUUCGAUGGAUCCAUCAAACGAAGGAUCAUCGCGUGAAAGCCCCAAAGUUGCAAACCGAUGGAAGCAAUCGUCAACGUCCUUGUUCAAGGAGCAGUCCCAUGGCAUCAGCUCCGGACUAUUCCCCACCGGGCGACCAGCAAAUUGCGUGCCUCCAUGGAGCCCCAAUUCUGGCAGUAUCCAGCGCCCGAGGGCGUCAUGCAUGAAUACCCAGUCGUUCGCGUGUUUGUCAUCACUGCUGCCGAAGCAUCGAUGAUGUGCUGGACCAAGUUUGUCACACAGACGCUGGGGUUGAGCGACGUUGACUUCAUGAUCGCUUCCUUCCACGUUGAUCCAAAAUAGCGAUUCGUACGGAAUGGAGGCUUUUUUGUGAUCGACCAACGCAGCUUCGUACAUCCUGGGAUGAGCAAAAACAUCAGAUUUUUUUAGGAAAUACCUUACACACAUGAGUUAUUUGCGAAUUAU